GGCAAUCAGAUCACUGAAGAGAGAAUGUGUGGCAUCUGCUGUGUGGUGGGUUUGGUUUCACCUGAGCGUGUGUUGGAGAAGAGAGUACGCGAAAAUCUGAAAAACAGGGGCCCGGAUCACAGUCAGGAUCUGAGGAAAACUGUCAGCGGCCCGAGGUACGGCUGCCUUUUCUCUGCCCACGUCCUUCACAUGCGGGGCGGCCUCACCCCACAACCUCUACAGGACGCCAAUGGCAAUAUGCUCCUGUGGAAUGGGGAGGUGUUCAGUGGUCUCACCCUGGGACCUGAGGACAAUGACACUAAGGUUGUCCUCCAUCAGCUGUCAGUCUGCAGUAGCUCGUCAGACGUGCUCUCUGUUUUAUCACAACUCAGAGGUCCCUGGGCACUUGUGUAUUACCAAGAGACCCAACACUGCCUUUGGUUCGGCAGGGACUUCUUUGGAAGACGGAGUCUGCUUUGGCGCUGCGAUCCAGAUGAGGCGUCUUUGACGCUCGCCUCUGUGGCGUCCUGUCCGCCUGACUCUGCGAGAGCUCAGUGGCAGGAGGUCCCUGCCGUGGGCGUUUAUAAGGCUGACCUGAGACAGUUCUCUCAGAUGGGGGUUUUAACCCUAGAGUUUUACCCGUGGGUUCACCAUGGAGACGGCCAAGUACCUGACGCACGAGCCCUCCAGUGGGAGGGUCUGCCCGGUUACGCCUCUCUGGUGAUGAACUCUUCCGGUCUUUUCCUUGCUUCUCCUGUUUGUCCUAUUAACACAUGCAUCUCAGACCCAGCACCUAACACUCAGCGUGAUCAGAGCGGCCUCCAAACCACCGCUGAAGACCUGGAGCAGUUUUUAAACAGUGAAGAGAAGAGAGGAACGGUUAUCGGGCUCAUAGAGGUGCUUAGCGAGGCGGUUCGCCGGCGGGUGCAGGCGUUACCCGACGUAACUCGAGCGCCGGCGUCCGUGCAUACCGAGGAGGCGGACGUUGCCAUUCUUUACUCUGGGGGGGUCGAUUCCAUGAUUCUGGCUGUCCUCGCCGAUCGUCACGUACCCAAAGACAGGCCAAUCGACCUUCUCAACGUAGCAUUCGAACAACCAGAACCAAAGAUACAAAAGGAGUCCGCAGUGGGGAAAAAGAAGCAUAAAAGAAAACCUAAUGAUGAUCACACAGCCCAGUCAGAUCCCAAAAGGCUUUACAGCUUCAAUGUACCAGACAGAAUCACUGGUAGAGCUGGUUUACAGGAACUUAAAAGUCUAAGUCCAGAGAGAAAGUGGAAUUUUGUUGAAAUCAACGUAACUCAAGAGGAGCUUGAAAGAAUGCGUCAGGAACGCAUCCGUGACUUGGUUUAUCCGCUGGAUACCGUCUUGGAUGACAGCAUCGGCUGUGCAGUGUGGUUUGCAGCCAGAGGAUGUGGUCUAGUGAAGCAGGGCACAGAAGAAAGGGAACACAGUUCAACAGCAAAGGUGGUUCUGACUGGUAUUGGUGCAGAUGAACAGUUGGCUGGCUACUCCAGACACAGGGUGCGGUUUAAGACCGCCGGAUUGGAGGGGCUGGUCAGUGAGCUCGCCAUGGAACUUGGCAGAAUCUCCUCGCGGAACCUCGGGAGAGACGACCGCAUCAUCGGGGAUCAUGGAAAAGAGGCCAGGUUUCCAUACCUGGAUGAGGAUGUGGUUAGUUUCCUGAACAGCCUUCCAGUAUGGGACAAGGCCGACCUGACCCUGCCCAGAGGACUAGGGGAGAAACUGCUUCUGAGGCUGGCUGCCAGAACCCUGGGCCUGGGCCACUCAGCCAUACUACCCAAACGAGCAAUGCAGUUUGGCUCCAGGAUAGCCAAGUUAGAGAACAGUCAUGAAAAGGCUUCUGACAAAUGCUCACGACUAGUCACAGCGUAGAUCAGGUUUAG